AUGUCAGACACUGAACAAAAUUUAGAUGCUGGUGUGGUAGCGCCCUCACCAGACAAUGCAAUGUUAUUCAACAUGUUUUCCGAACUACAAAAAAGUAUGGUAGAAACCACACAAUUUUUAAGUGAACUACGCGCUGAACGCGCAUCAAAGGCAGUCGAUUCAGAAGAAUCGCAAACGCCAGUCCCAGAGGAGGACACCACGCCAGCUUCAGAGGAAGCAAAUACCGAUACGCCAGCUUCAGAAGAAGUUCAUACGCCAGCUUCAGAGGAAGCUAGUCCAUCUGACCAAAGGGUCGUAAAUGAUAAUACAUUAAGCAUUCUUGGCGGCGAUUAUUUUGACAUAAUGAAGACCUUUUAGAUGAAAUUAAUGAAUCGUUACGGCCGUCAGACUCUAUAGGCCCACCGAUACAUGAAAAAAUCGCAAUUGUAAACGACAAGUUUUCAUCAGAUCUCGGACUAGAGAAGCGUAAGGAGAUAUUUGAAAAAUAUAAAACACCUGAAAAUUGUCCAAAGCUUUUUGUACCAAAGGUUAAUGAACCUAUUUGGACGAGCCUCAAAGUUUUUCACCGACAGCGUGACUUACGCACAGCAGUCUUACAAGACUCUAUUGUUCGAGUAUCAAGCGCACUUUCUGUUACUGUUGACGAGCUACUAAAAUGUAGAGAAAACAGGACAUUGCCUGAUUAUUGUACUGUUGCAUCACGUCUUUUUUAUUCAAUUGCGCUUUUGGGCCAUGUUAAUACGGAAUUAUCCUAUAAAAGACGGGAUUCACUACGCCCAUUACUCAGUAACAAAUUAAAGCCUGCUUGUCACAGAUCGAACAAACCAGAGAAAUUUCUUUUUGGUGACGAUCUGAGCAAAUCAGUCAAUGAGGCUAAAUUGCAUGGGAAAUUCUUGCUGCGUGAUUCAUUCCCGCGCCAACGGUUUUUGCCUUAUCCAAACCAAAAAAGGCAACAUUUUUUACCAAAACGGGGGAGGGGUCAAUUUCCUCCCCAGCAAACAUUCCAUCCGUUCCGAAGCCAACAACAGAAGAGUCAUUUCCGUCAAUAAAUAAUCAGGUAAUUGGUUUUCCGACAUACUUUACCUAAAAAAUCUUGCCAAAUUUAAAAAGACUGAUUGAUCUAUUUUGUGGCGGCCAAAUUAAAUAUUUUAUUUCACAGUGGGAAGGUUUGACUUCUGACAAAAGUAUACUACAGACUGUCAAAGGUGAAGUCAUUGAGUUUAUCGGAGACCCCCCAACAUGUUCUAUUUAUCCAACAAACUCGAUUUCAAAAGAUCAUGAAAUUAAAAUAGACGAAGAGAUUUCUAAACUCUUGGCUAAAAACGUCAUUGUCAAAACUUCCCACGAACCAGGCGAGUUCAUUUCGCCAAUCUUUUCCGUUCCCAAGAAAGAUGAUAAGGUUCGACUUAUCUUAAAUCUCAAAAAAUUUAAUGAACGUGUCAAAUCAUACCAUUUUAAAAUGGAUUCCAUUAACACCGCCUUAUCACUUAUGACAAAGGAAUGUUGGAUCAUAUCCACCUCAUAUGAGGGCUGUAUUACAUCAAUUAUUGAGGCUGUCAAUCUCCUCACUAACUUAGGCUUUGUCCUUCAUGUUGAGAAGUCAAUGUUUUUCCCUCAACAGAAGAUUGUGUUUUUGGGUUUUGAGCUCAAUUCCGCAACAAUGAAAAUUAAGCUAACUAAUGAGAAAAUCACAAAAAUAAUGUCUCGUAUUUCAUGUAUACUAAAUUCAGACAGGUACACAAUUCGGGAGGUAGCCCAGAUUAUUGGGUUACUUGUUUCCAGUUUCCCAGCCGUUCGAUACGGAGAAUGUCACUAUCGAGCCAUUGAGUAAGAUAAGAUUGAGGCAUUAAAAAUAGCAAAGGGAAACUUUGAUAAAUAUAUGCAAUUGUCAACUCGUUCAAUUGGAGAACUGAAUUGGUGGUUAUUGAAUUUACCAAACUCUUAUAACUUGAUCCAUCCCACUCCCGUAGAUGUCAGUGCUAAUUCAGACGCAUCUCUCACGGGUUGGGGAGGUGUGCUGGAUAGCUGUUCUACGGGAGGGUCUUGGACUGCAGUCGAAGCACAACAACAUAUAUAAAUUAUUUGGAAUUGCUCGCUGCGUUUUUCACUUUGAAAAGUUUUAUAAACCUCCUAAGAAAUAAGCAUGUAAAAAUCAUGAUUGAUAACACAACGGCAGUGUCGGUAAUUAAUAACAAAGGCACAAAUCACAGUGAGCAAUGCAAUGAGGUGACACAUGAGAUUUGGGGCUUAUGUGAAAAGCAUGGAAUUUGGCUCACCGCCGCAUACGUUCCCGGUAAACUGAAUAUUCUUGCCGAUAAAGAAUCCAGAAACAAAAACCUUGACACUGAAUGGAUGCUUAAUAAAAAAUAUUUGACUGAAGCUCUAUCCAAACUAUGUUUUUCACCUAAUAUUGAUCUGUUUGCCUCUCGAUUAAACAAACAGUUUGAUACAUACGUAUCCUAUAAACCAGACCCAUAUGCUAAGCAUAUCGAUGCCUUUACUAUUUCCUGGGCAUAUGAAAAAUUUUAUUGUUUCCCUCCUUUCAGUUGCAUUCUGAGAGCACUCAGGAAAAUAAUUCAAGACAAAGCCACGGGCAUUCUUGUGGUCCCCGACUGACCAACACAGAGCUGGUAUCCUUCAAUUUCUAGUGAAGCCUCCACAUCGUCUAUUGCCCAAAGCCGACCUCUUAGUCUUACCAUCAGACCGGGACCACAAACAUCCUCUCCACAAGAACUUGAACAUUCUUAUUUGUCAUGUAUCAGGAAUAAACUGCAAGUGAGGGGUUUCGCCACCGAUACAAUUGACAUUAUUCUCAGUUCUUGGCGAGAGGGAACUAAGACGCAAUAUCAGUCAACUGCAAAGAAAUGGUUUGAUUUUUGUCAGAAAAACAACUGUGAUAUCAUUUCACCACCUUUGCCUCAGGCAUUGUCAUUUCUGUCCGACUUAUUCAAAUCUGGUUUGUCGUACAGUUCUAUUAAUACUGCUAGAAGUGUUCUUUCUUCAAUUUUGUCCUGGGAGAGCAAUCCUACUCCCUUCGGCCAACUGCCCAUCGUUAAACGCUUUAUGAAAGGUGUAUAUGAGUCCCGACCGUCUCUGCCAAGGUAUUGCUCCACAUGGAAUGUCAAUACUGUCUUCAAUUAUCUAAGACGUCAGCAAGCACCAUCAUUAUUACCCAUGAAAGACCUCAGUCAAAGAGUUGCUUUUCUCUUAGCCCUUCUCAGCGGACAGAGAUGCCAAACAAUCGGUAAAUUAUCAAUAGACAAUAUGACAAUGGAAGAGACAAAAAUCACUUUUUUAAUAGCAGAUAAAUUAAAACAUUCUAGGCCUGGUGUUCAUCAACAGCCACUAGUUUUUAUGGCGUAUGUUGCUGAUCAAAAAUUGUGUAUCCUAACAUAUUUACAGGAAUAUUUAAAACGAACAUCACCCGUUCGUGGUGACAACAAGCAGCUUCUUAUCAGUUCGUGA